AAUUGGGGGUUCUGCUAGCAAAGAUGGCGUCCUGCUGAUCUCAGAAGGAAGUAGAAGCAUCGGAAAAGGAGAUAUUUUCGGGUGGAAAUCUGCUGCUUCAGUCUCUAGGGUGAAAAAAUUGAGAAUUGAAAAGUGAAAUGAGCGCCUCCAGGUUCAUAAAGUGCGUGACGGUCGGCGACGGCGCCGUCGGCAAAACCUGCAUGCUGAUUUCCUACACCAGCAACACCUUUCCCACGGACUACGUACCGACUGUUUUCGACAAUUUCAGUGCAAAUGUUGUUGUGGAUGGGAGCACUGUCAACCUAGCUCUGUGGGAUACGGCUGGGCAGGAGGAUUACAAUAGAUUAAGGCCCUUGAGCUAUCGAGGGGCGGACGUCUUUAUCCUUGCUUUCUCUCUCAUAAGCAAAGCCAGCUACGAAAACGUUGCAAAAAAGUGGAUUCCCGAACUGCGCCAUUAUGCACCUGGCGUUCCAAUAAUUCUGGUUGGAACAAAGCUUGAUCUUCGGGAUGAUAAACAAUUUUGUAUAGACCAUUCUGGUGCAGUUCCCAUUACUACUGAUCAGGGAGAGGAAUUGAAGAAACUGAUUGGAGCGCCUGCAUACAUUGAGUGUAGCUCGAAAACACAACAGAAUGUGAAAGCUGUUUUUGAUGCGGCCAUUAAGGUGGUGCUCCAGCCACCAAAGCAAAAGAAGAAGAAGAGAAAGGGACAAAGGGCUUGCUACAUAUUGUGAAGUAACGAGUAGAUUUAUGAGAUGAUUUGCUGACUGCCGACCUUUCUUUGCCGCUACCUCCUUUGUACUCGAAGUCCUUUGCUGAAGCAGCAAACCGUGGUGUAUGUAUAGUAUGUACUGACAUUUUAGGGAUUCAUGUGAUAGCUUUAGAUGGUUUGUUUAAGACUUGUGUUCAUGUAUUUAAGUGACAGUUAGCUUUGCUAACACAUACUUCUCCGUCUUUCACAUAUAUUGCAUCAACUCUUUCCGGAUAA